AGCCAUUUCCCUACCGGCUGCUUGCUUCUCCCUCCCUCUCUCUCUUAUCGGGAUCGCUUGCUGGGGACUCCUGGGGAACUCCUAGGUGACUUUUAACCUUCGCUCUGUCGACCACAGCCUACUGCCAAAACCUUUGACCAUCGACCGAACAGCAUCUCAUCCUGUCCUUUUCCAUAUAUCAUACCUCUGCAACAUCCUCGUCGUAUUCUAUCCUCCUAGCUGUGCCACCACCACGCCGCCCGGUGCCGUCAACGAUGAGCCACCACCCCGCAUCCCGGCCUGUGGGAUACCGUGAUAAUCGACUAUCGUCGCUCCCUCCCCACGCGACCUACGCGUCGGUCGAGCCUCUCUUCUUCCGCCCGACUCGGCCCUGAUCCCCCGCCGCCGCCGCCGCUCUCCUGCUUCUAUUGUCGCCCGGCCGUCUUCUCUUCUCCCACCGUCGCCAUGGCUGCUUUCUUCCAGGCCUUCCGCAGCUCUAGCAUGCCCAAGCGGCUCUUGCGAUACACCCUCUCGAAGCUGGACUAUUUUGAUACCGAUGCUCUCGACACCGAUAACUUGGACUUCGCCGUAGGCGUGAACAACGUCUUCACCCUGCAAGAUGUCGGCUUCAAGCUCCAGAAACUAGAGCAGAUACUCCAACUCCCGCCCUCAUUCGAAGUGCGGAGAGCCAAAGUGCUGCUGCUCCGAAUAACCGUACCUUCCGCCUUCUACACGAGCCCUAUCACCGUAGAGAUCGAUGGCGUCGACAUUAAAUUGACGCUUACUUCGAGGGACGAGAGUCCGAGAACGGCGUCUGGGCGUAGUAGACGUAGUAAGACGGCUCCCGGUUUGCCUGGAGAGACUGAUCCUGUGCCGAACGCCAUCGACUUAGCCCAAUCGUUCCUGGAAACGCAACCCUCGAAGGACAAGGCCAAACUCCAAGCUGCUCUCGACGCCGAGAGCCAGGAUCUCGGCGCUUCCGUAACAGGUAGCGAGGACGGGAGUGACGAGGAUUACCCUCUGGGAACCGGACAACCUUUGACACUCCCUACCUUCCUCGCUGAUUUCCUACAGGGCAUAGUAGACCGCCUGCAGCUUUCUGUUCGAGGUGUCACGCUUCACCUGGAUGUGGAAACCCCGGUUGAGCCAAACCUGGCCGUACCCGAAUUAAUUACUUUCCAAGUCGCCAUUGAUGAUAUAAUCGCCGAAGGCGUCACAACGACCCUAGAUGGGACAGCCGGCGAAGGACUUCCCGGGGUAGCUCACAAGGAAGGAAAACGCUUCGUCGUCUUAAACAAGAUUCGGGCGAGUCUGAUCUCGGAGGCGAAUGCAUUUUCCACUCUGGCGCGGUCGUCGUCGAUGCCUUCGUCACUCGCGACUGAUUCUCCGGUGAUUGCGAGCCGGCCAAGUCUGUCUCGCGAACCCGUACCGGCAGAUGCAUCCACGUUCGGAUGGCGUUCCGAGCAGGCGGGAGACCCUGAGUACAGUCCGUCGGGUCAGAAUCCCGGCAUGGAUAGUGAAGACGCCUUCAAUAUACCCUACGAUAUGAGUGGGUCGAGCGAUGGCCAGGAGGAAGGAUCAAGGUCCACGCCAUCCACCCCUCGAGCCUUAACGUCCCAAACUCGAUCCGAGGGUGGUUCGAUACCCUUCUCUCCAAAGCGUCCUUCCCAAUCCUUAAUCGAGCCACGGCGAGACCCAUCACCACCUUUAAUAGCAACUGCUCGAUCGGAACCCUCUCUCGGACACCAGCAAACGUGGGGAGAGGGCUCCUCCGUCGAGUCCUCCACGAGCGGCGAGAAUCCGCAUUUGGAUUUGGGCAGAAGCCAUGGGACGGCGGUAUCGUCGGGCGAAGAGCUCGCGCAAUCUCACCUAUUCAGCCACGAGGAGGCGGAGAGUAUGUAUAUGAGCGCCUUUUCCAACGCCUCGUCGCCCCCGCUUCGCGGUAGAAGCCAAAGGAUGCCUGGUGCUUGGGGAUACGACUCCUCAAGCACAGAAGAAUCCGUAUACCCUCCGCACGGAGCCCGGUCCCCGCUGCUACAACCUACGGAUCCUAGUAUCGCAAUGCGGAAUCGUGUCGCUGGUGACCAUCCUCCUUUCUCUAUUGCGAGCCCCCCGUCUGAUCUUGACGAGAGGCAAACCCCCGUCAUCGACAACCUCGAAGAAGCGAGACAACCGCAUGGCAGCCUCCCACCUCGUGCCGAAAAGGAGGACGUCCCCGCGGAAGAUGCUUCGACGCCGAGAGGGCCAACCCGACUAGUUAAAGAACUAAUUUCUCUUGAGGCCAUCUCGCUCUAUAUCCCAUCCGCCCAUCAGCAUAUACAGGUAGCCCACGUCGAGGAGGAAUCGGUUCCUAGAACUUCCCGAUCCCGCUUGGACCGGUCCGUUUCCCCGAACCUCCCCGGAGCUUUCUCCGUCUAUGCAGGCGAACAAUCCACUGCGUCGAUAGCCCCGGAUACGAACGCACGGGUUCAUGAAGCUUUGGAUAAAACCUUGGAGGUCAUCCUAUCAUCGCUAGAAAUACGUUCGGAUCUCUCAACGGGGUUCUUGUUAGCUAAGGUGGCGUCGCGGAUCCUAUCGGCUUUGAGAGAGCAGCCCGACAUCUCAGCUCCCAAAAAGUCGGGGAAAAGUGAGAACAAAAACAACCCAUCGCCCCCCCCAGAUCUUAAGAUUGUUGCGAAGCAGAUCACCAUACACUUCCUCGAAAAUCUAGUUGGGAUUGCGGAUACCCCCGAACGAUCAUUCCAUCCCAGUCCCAGUUCCCUAAACUCCGAUUCUCUCCUGACCGCAUCCGUUCAGGACUUAUCCGUGAGUCUUUCGGGGUCCUCUUCCUUGGCCAAAACCUCAGUAAACGUGGGUAAGUUUAAACUUGGAUAUCGAGAUGAUGACAUCGUUUCCUUCGACCAGCGUAUACAAAUGCGCGCUUCGGUUAACGACGUGUUUCCUUCCGCCGGUGCCGAUAUUUCUCUCCAGGUGUCUCGAUCACCCACAAUGACGGGAUGCGAGGUUAGAACGCUACCUCUGCACAUCAAGAUAGACCUUCAGCGGCUCGACGAAACAUUUAGUUGGUUUGGAGGACUAAGCGGAUUCCUCAAUAUGAGCUCUUCCAUGACGUCCAACACCUCCCCGGCCCCCAAGAGUCCUGUAGGAACGGCACCACGCAAACCGCGCGGGGUGAGAUUCGAUGCACCUAUACGCCCGGACGAUGCGUCCGCCAAUUCCCAAAACAAAGUGAACAUCCGGCUUGGCGGGUUUCGUUUGGAUCUUGUCGGGAAAGACUGCAGCGUUUCACUAGACACCACCGCCGUGAAGCUCGUCAUCCGAGACGAAGGAAUCGGGGCAAGCAUUUCGAAGACGCGCCUUGCGGGACCGUACGUGCGAAAUCUAAUGGGCACGCCUCCCAUCAACGUCGUCGUUGUGAAUACCCGCCUCGAGUAUCUCGCAACACCGAACGAUGCGGAUCUGGGAAGACUGCUGAAGCUCAUCCUACCAUCUAACCACAGGUUUGAUGAGAAUGACGACGAGAUCAUGGUGGACACGUUACUUCGACAGAGGAGAAACGGACCCAUAUUGCGCGUCAACGUAGACGGAGUGGAAGUUGACGUAGGGAAGAUCCAUCACCUUCAAGUAUUACCUGCUCUAGGUGAGGAGGUUGCGCGACUCGCCACCGUCACCAAGUACCUUCCUGAAGAUGACCGGCCAGGCAUGCUGACGCUGGGCCAAAUCAACAGCCUUAACGUGACAGUGGACGUGGGCGGUAAAUUCGGCCUAGUUAAGGCAUCUUUGAGAGAUACCGAGGUCAGCCAUAUUAGUAUUCCUUCCCUGGUCGCGCUCAGCGUGGAAUCUAUAUCGGUACAACGUAACGGCAUCGAGGAAAUAAUCGGUACUGUCGUUUCAUCCGUCACGGAGAAUAUGAAUCAGGAUGCUGUUCUGACUAUGAGGGUGAUUGACGAAGAGAUGGAACCGGUUAUCAAACUCAGGAUGCGGAAUCUGAACAUCGAAUACCGCGUGCCAACCGUCAUGGACAUACUCGGUCUCGCAGAGGAUGCGACACCACAGGAUUUCGAAGCACAGCUGGCUGCAUCCGUCGCAAAUCUCGGCGAACAUGCGCAUGCAGUAAUCACGGGAAGGCCGCAGAAUCAGUCACCGGCUCUCGGGAAAGGCAAGGGCAAGGAGAAGGAGGGAAAGCAAACGAAGGUGGACGUGGUCCUCAAAGAUUGUUUGCUGGGUUUAAAUCCGCUUGGGCUGCCGUCGAAAAUGAUCAUCGCGCUGACCGAUACUCAUUUCGAAAUCGUCCUUUCCAGCGGGGACGACGUGAAAGCUCUAUGCCAUAUAAACAAGUCGUCGGUUCUCCUGACCGACGAUAUUUCAUCACUGGAGUCCAAGGAGCCCUCAUCAACUGCGAGACGGCGGAGCUCAAACACUUCCACUCCACAAGUAUUAGAAUUGUGCCACCGAGGAUACGUCAAUAUUUGCUACAUCUCCUCGGCGCACGCAACGGUUCGAGUCGGCGCCAACCAAAGAGAUGGGAAUAAGUGGGUUGACGUUGAGCUGCGGGACGACCUGCUUGUUCUUGAGACUUGCGCAGACUCGACCCAGACUCUCAUCGCACUCGCCAAUGCGCUGGCCCCUCCAACGCCCCCUAGCAAGGAGAUCAAAUAUAGGACGAACAUUGUUCCGGUCCAAGAUCUGCUCGCAUCUAUAUCGGCCGAUGCGUUCGGCAAAGCCGAGGGCGACUAUGACUUCGAUAAUGACUUCGGACUAGCACAAGAGCUUGGUGGAGAUGACGACGGCGAUUUCGAAUUCGGAGAUUCGGGCCAGUCGACCCCCCUCGCCGUCGACUCACAGUACUAUGACGAAUCCUCGGUCGAGGACCACCUUGCAGAUGCGGCAGCUUCCGUGGUGUCUCACAAGACAAUCACCCAGGACACUAGUGACGGCGUUCUACUCACUAAUUUUAGCAGCCAGCCCGACACGACUGACGAUGACGACGAGCUGGUGAUACAUGAGAAUUACUUCGGCUCGGGUUCGGUGAUACAAGGGACCGCCCAUCGUUGGAACUCAACCAAGAACGCGUAUGACGAGACAAACAACGACAAGGUUCAGCGAAGCCCCUUGUCUGUUCGCGUGCGCGAUGUUCAUGUUAUCUGGAAUCUGUUUGACGGAUAUGACUGGAACCGUACCCGCGACGUCAUUUCAAAGGCCGUGCAGGAUCUCGAAGUCGAGGCGAACGAGCGGGAAUCUCGCCAUGCCCGGGUUCACGCGGACAGCGGCGACCCGGACAGAGUAGAUAACGAAACUGUCAUCGCCGAUUUCUUGUUCAAUUCGAUCUACAUAGGCAUUCCCGCCACCAGGGAUCCUCGGGAUCUUACCCAAGCGAUAAACGAAGGACUGAAUGAUGCCGCCACCGAGACCGAGUCAAUAGCGACGACCGCGUUUACCGCUACCAGCAGCCGACAGGGCGUUCCGUACCGAUCCAGAAAGAAGCUGAGGCUGAACCGCAGCAAGCGGCACAAGAUCACGUUCGAGUUGAAGGGGAUCAAUGUGGACCUGGUUACAUUCCCUCCGGAUUCCGGCGAGACCCAAAGCUCGAUUGAUGUUCGGAUCAAGGACCUCGAGAUUUUUGACCACGUGCCGACGUCGACGUGGAAGAAGUUUGCGACUUACGACCAGGAUGCUGGCGAACGGGAGAUGGGCACGAGCAUGGUCCAUCUCGAAAUACUAAAUGUGAAGCCGGUGGCCGAAUUGGCGGCAUCCGAGAUUGUUUUAAAGGCUACAGUUCUUCCGCUCCGCCUACACGUCGACCAGGACGCCUUAGACUUUAUCACGCGGUUCUUCGAGUUCAAAGACGACUCUGUCCCGAUUCAUGCCUCCCCCAGCGAUGUGCCCUUCCUGCAGAGAGCCGAAGUGAACUCGAUUCCCCUGAGUCUCGACUUUAAGCCAAAACGCGUCAACUACGCUGGCCUGCGGUCGGGUCACACAACCGAGUUCAUGAACUUCCUGGUACUCGAGCAGGCACGCAUGGUGCUCAGACACACCAUCAUCUACGGUGUUUCCGGGUUUGAUAGGCUUGGAAAGACACUGAACGAUAUUUGGAUGCCCGACGUCAAGAAAACGCAGCUUCCCGGGGUUCUUGCUGGCCUCGCUCCCAUCCGGUCUAUAGCCAAUGUCGGAAGCGGUUUUCGAAAUCUGGUAGAGAUUCCUAUUAAGGAAUACAAGAAAGACGGCAGGAUUGUUCGUAGCAUUGGCAAGGGCGCCGUUGCAUUUGCGAAGACGACAGGCACGGAGAUCGUCAAGCUCGGGGCAAAGCUAGCCGUCGGUACGCAGUAUGCUCUACAGGGCGCCGAGGGCAUGCUUGUUAGACAACCAGACCACCGCGAGGUUGCGGGGUGGGAAGAGGAUGAAUUUGAUGCUGAAGAGCUAAACCAAAUCAGCCUGUACGCCGAUCAGCCGACAGGCGUCGUUCAAGGACUUCGAGGCGCGUACUCGAGCCUUGCUCGCGACCUUAACGUGGCGAGAGACGCCAUCAUAGCAGUACCCGGCGAGAUCAUGGAAAGCCAGAGCGCACAGGGGGCCGCCAAGGCCGUCCUCAGGAGGGCACCCACGAUCAUCUUUAGACCUCUCAUCGGCUCGAGUAAAGCGAUCGGCCAGACUCUGAUGGGGGCUACGAACGCGUUGGACCCGCAGAACCGGAGGAGAAUAGAGGAGAAAUACAAGAGGCAUUAGUGAUUUUCCAUGUGGCUACUACGUCCUAUUUACCGUCCUGUUCUUUUAGCAUGGAGUUCGGCGGCAUCUCACAAGUCUGUUUUCGCCUCUCACAAUCGACUGACACGCAUGGCUGCAUCAUCAUUACCAUAUGCAUAAUUAGAUGGGACGGAUAAAUUGAUGCUCAUACGUUUCUAAGAGAUUGGGACGAACAAGUGUAUUUCCUGAUGCUCAUCCUCGGAUCACUACCGGUAUUUUUCGGUUUCCUCCCCCCAGCCCUUCCCCGUCCGAUCCUCCUCCCUGUUCCCGCUUGGAGUCUUUCGGAUAUGCGCGUGGUGGAUACACCAGGUGUGUAUGUAUAGAUGGGUAAAUGUACGUUCACAUAAGAGCGAACGGGGAGAAUGCACAUACGGCACAUACACAAGCACACACACAUGCGAGUUUGGUGGUUGGGAGAAUGUAAAUGCACAUUCGGGUUUUCUGUUGUCUUGUCAGUCACGAGUCGUCGGGAUGGGAUUGAUGAUAGAAUAUGUCUCUUGUUCCCCGUCUUAAAACCCCGUCUUAAAAACAUGAGCUAAAAUGUCUAAUGAAUGAAAUUGAAACAUGAACCA